CCCGUUAUAAAAUGUUGGCGAAGACUCAGCCGCCGGCAGUCAGUGGCCGGGACGCUAGCAGUGCGAGGAUUGAGUAACUGUACCCCAACUACACGUGCUCACAUCUCGUGCGUAGCCAACGCCCACGGAAAAGCUUCCUUAGUUACUGAGGCGACCGCCAUGAUGACCGGCCUGAUGCUGGUGAUGCUGUCGGUGCUGGGAGCCUCGGAUGCGGCCAAGAUCCUGUCCGUUGUGGCGUUCCCGGCCGUCAGUCACCAACUACCCCUCAGGAUGAUAAGUCUGGAGCUGGCCAAGAGAGGCCACCAGGUCACCUUCAUCACCACCGACCCGUCCAAGAAAAGCAUUGCCAACUUUACAGAAGUUGACAUAUCUGCGUCGUACAAGUUUCUGAGAACAGGCGCAACCUGGGACUGGAUGACGAUGGCUCAUUUUACAGCAACCGACAACAUAUAUUCGUGGAAGGAACAGUUCCGUGGUGUUUGUGAGAGCGACCUGAGUGCUCCAGAGAUGGUGGAAUUCAUAAAGUCACCUCCAAAAUUCGACCUGGUCAUUUUGGAACGAUUGCUGUCGCCGUGCUUCUACGGUUUGGUUCAUAAAGUGGGCUCGCCGCCUCUCGUCGGGUACAUUAGCAUAAACGCAGGCGUACCCAGCCUCUGGACCGAUGGAAACCCCAGCAAUCCCGCUUACAUUCCAAGCUUUAUGGUGCCCUUUUCACACCACAUGUCAUUCUGGGAGAGGCUUUACAUGACAUGGGUAUGGCUCUACACGAACUAUCGCUACUUCUACGUAAUGAUGCCGCACCAAGAAGAAAUCAAGAGGAAAUAUUUCGGGCCUGACGUUCCAUCAGUUUAUGAAACUGAAAAAAAUUUCAGUUUGAUGCUUAUGAAUAACCAUUUCAGUAUAAACUACCCUCGACCGUACCUGCCGCACAUGAUAGAACUGACUGGACUACAUGUGGAACCAAACCCAGCACCUCUUCCUAAGGACCUACAGGAGUGGCUGGAUGGAGCAGAACACGGAGCCGUAUACUUCAGUAUGGGUUCCACUGUCAUGGGGAGUUCGAUGCCUGAAGAUACGAGGCUGGCGUUUCUCGAGGGUUUCAGAAAAAUCCCACAGAGGGUGCUGUGGAAGUGGGAGGCCGACAUGGACGACCUGCCGCCCAACGUCAAAGUCUCAAAGUGGCUGCCUCAGCAGGCUAUAUUGGCACAUCCAAAUGUCCGUGUGUUCAUCACUCAGGGUGGUCUGCAGAGCUUUAACGAGGCUGCCUAUCACGGGAUUCCUCUACUGGCGAUUCCCAUCUUCGGCGACCAGCAACAUAAUGUAGCGAAAAUGGUCGACGCUGGUGUUGGCAUAGAGCUCAAAUUGUGGGACGUCACAAAAGACACGAUUUCGGACGGUAUUCGAACGAUUAUUGAGGAUAAAAGAUUCAGCGAGAACAUGAAGCGGUUGUCAGCUGUAUACCGUGAGCAUAAGGAAGAGAGCCUGCCUAAAGCUGUGAAGUGGAUCGAGUAUGUACUUCGCCACAAUGGAGCCCCACAUCUGCGUAGUGGUGGAAGAGACUUGACCUGGUACCAAUACCUACUGCUAGAUGUCGUUGCAUUCGUGCUGGCUGUUGUAAUGGCCUUUUGUAUAGCUCUCUACCACAUUGCUAGCUUUCUAAUCCACAAAUUGUUUAAAUCCAAGAAACUGAAAGCGAACUGAGGACGUAUAAUCUUCUGUUAUACAGAAGUCUAUUUGCCUACUAAUUCACUGAGCAUGAGCUUGAAUGUCUCAAGUGGAAUGUUGGAAUAUAUACAUUCACACAGAUUUGUGAAAUCUAUGUCGUGUUUGUGUCGUAUGAAAUACAACGUAUAAAACUUUUAAAUCUCAUUUGUGUAAUGUUGCAAGUGGGAAAAAGGCUGUGUGUAUGACUACAUUGUUGUUGUUGUUAUUUGAAGUGCAGUUUUCGUUUGAACGGCUGGCUAUACAAUUCAAAAUACUGUUUUGAGUUCUGCGAUUUGUACAGGUGAAGUUUAAAAAUUUUGUACGUGGUAUUUCAUAUGAUACAACCUCGACGAAAGUUCCAUAGGUGUACAUACCUAUGCAUAUGUGGCGGGAGUCAGUCCAAACAAACACUGCUCGUAACAUCUUUCAUGCGACACUCAGUGUCAAUGGAAAGUGCUGGCUUACUUCCCGUUACAAACAAAAUAAUUUUUAGGGCAGACUUUUAUAUGCCGAUUCAAAAGAGUGGUGUCACCUUAGUUUAGUAUGAUACUCUUUUAUCGAUAUGUAUGUAGAGUAAACCACGAAGAAUUACCUUAGCAAUGUGUGAGCUGCUGUAUACAAAUACAGGAUAUAGAAACAGAGCCAAAAUGUUGUAACUUACAUAUGGCAUUAAACUGUUAUACAGUUUCUUCAUAAUUAAAUAAAUCAGCAAACACGUGCCACCCUGGUACACACUGGUUGCUGCCGCCAUGUUGCAACGCUGCUCAGUUGUUGCCUGGGGUACGGGUUAUUCUGCGUGCCUUAAUGUUCUUGCUAGUAAAUAUCGAUGCAACGAAUACCGUAAUAGACCCAUUUGGGACCGCUUUAUCGAACGGGCACAGAAAAUCCAGCUUUAAAAUCAUUUUUGUAGUAAUGGGAAACAAACUGACGCUUUCCGUUGACCCUGGGGCACCGUACGAAAUGUGUGAUGAGCAAUAUUUGUUUGGACUGAUUCCAGCUGCACAUUGUAAAAACGAAAAUGCAAAUAUCUACCGAAAAACCAGACAAAAUGCGCCUGACGGCUCUUAAAAGGUGCACCACACAUACAUUCUUCUAUGUGGAGCACUAUUUGUAAAUAAUAUUUUAUCCUCUUCAGGACACUUCAUGAAAUAAAAAAAUUAAGAACAUUUUGAAGUGUGUAAUUUUUUCGCGUUUUCUGAAGCUGAGUGAAAUAGCUUCCCUGCAAAAAAAAGCAAUCAGCUUGUAACUUGAAUAAUUUCUUAGUCUACAAACUAAGCAUUUGGAAAGUACUUGUAAUCAUAUAACCUGAGAAUGAGAGCAAAAAACAACUGUAGAAACCCAUUCGUCAUACAAUUACAUUAGCGAUGUGAGAGCUGCUGUAUACACAGAGGGAUUAAAAAAAAAGAGCCAAGAUGUUGUAACUCAUAUAUGGCAUUAAUAAACUGUUACA